UUGGUCACGUGGGUUGCCGGUAGGGUCUCUGGUAGUCUGGUGGCAGGGUGACUGCCGACCGGAAGCUGCCGCUGAAAGCGGGAGUUUGAGUGGCCCCGUUGCGGGGCUCGUCAGAUGGAAACGCCGGGUGUCUUGGACGGACUCCGGUCCCGGUUGUUUUCUGGCCGCGCUAGGCGGCCCCCGCGGCGUUUUGGUUGGCUAUUGCCGACGACUGUGCUGUGUGGCUACGGUUUCUUUGCCAACUUGCGACCGUCGGAACCUUUUCUCACACCUUACUUGUUGGGACCGGACAAGAACCUCACCGAGACCCAGGUCUUCAAUGAAAUUUAUCCGGUAUGGACAUACUCUUAUUUAGUGCUGCUGUUCCCAGUCUUCUUGGCCACAGAUUAUCUCAGAUACAAGCCUGUCAUCCUUCUGCAAGGACUAAGCCUUAUAGUAACAUGGUUUAUGCUUCUCUACUCCCAAGGAAUUCUAGCUGUUCAGUUCCUGGAAUUCUUUUAUGGAUUAGUGACUGCAACAGAAAUUGCUUACUACUCUUACAUUUAUAGUGUUGUGGACUUGAACUUGUACCAGAAAGUCACAAGCUACUGUCGAAGCGCUGCCCUUGUGGGCUAUACUGUGGGCUCUGUCUGUGGACAAGUCCUAGUGUCUGUUUCAGGCUGGUCCCUGUUCAGUUUGAAUGUGGUGUCACUUACUUCUGUAUCUGUUGCCUUUGCAAUAGCUUGGUCUCUGCCCAUGCCACAGAAAAGCUUUUUUUUUCACCAUCACCCAAGCUUCCAGGUCAGUAAGGAGAUGAAAGUUUUAAAUUAUAAAAAUGGAACAAUUAUCCAACAUGAUCCUGCCUUAAAAAAGGUUCCUGGGUUGGAAGAUGUGGAAUUGAAGAUUCCAUUAAAUAUAGAAGAGCGUCCUGCAGAGGAGCGA